AUGAGGCAGUCUGAAGAUUGCGAGGAGUCUCAAUUACUUCCGGCGUCUCGCUCUCGUUCCUUGUCCAGGAGCUCCGAUGACUCCGAUGACUCCGGAUUGUCCGUCGAUUCCGUCCUCGAAGAACAGAAGUACAUACCCGCAUCGGUCGAUACACAUGUGGAUACGCAAGGAGUGAGAUAUCGUGAUGAGGAGGGCGGAGAGGCCGGGCUCAAUGAAGCCAUCCUUCAGACGAAGGCUUCUAGUAGCCGACCGCGUCGACUUAUCUGGUUGCUGAUUCUACUUUGCUGUGGAGGCUGGUUAGUAGCGCUUGUGCUGUUUAUAACUCAAGGGCGACCGGAUUAUCGGACUGCGGUAGACGAGCAGCUAGCCAAUUCUGGCUCUGUCUCGGGCGGUACAGGUUCGGCGAAGUCCCUCACUUUGGACGAUGUGCUUACAGGGACAUUCUCGCCUCGAGGCCAUUCAAUUGCAUGGAUUGCUGGGCCUGAUGGCGAGGAUGGGCUUCUGAUGGAAAGUGGGGAGAACGGAGGAGAGGGUUACCUUCGUAUCAAGGAUAUCCGUCAGGAAGCAAAACCGAACCGGGUACUGAUGCAGAACUCUACUGUGGACGUUGAAGGGAGGAUAAUCAAACCCAGUGCCAUGCGGCCUAGCCCUGAUUUGAAGAAAGUGCUGAUAAUCUCCCAUCGCGAGAAGAAUUGGAGACACUCCUAUACCGCGAGGUAUUGGAUUUUUGACGUGGAAACUCAAACCGCUGAACCCUUGGACCAUGACAAUAUCGAUGGACGAGUUCAGCUCGCUCAUUGGUCUCCCAAGUCAGAUGCGAUUGCAUUUGUUCGAGACAACAACUUAUACCUGCGGAAGCUUUCUUCAAAGCGUGUUGUUCCUAUUACCAAGGACGGCGGCGAACAGCUAUUUUACGGUGUGCCCGACUGGGUAUAUGAAGAAGAAGUCUUUUCAGGGAACAGUGUCACCUGGUGGUCUGAUGAUGGAUCUCAGAUUGCUUUCAUGCGGACGAACGAGUCGGCCGUGCCAGAAUUCCCGGUUCAAUACUACCUCUCUCGACCGUCAGGAAAGGCGCCACCUCCGGGAUUAGAGAACUAUCCGGAGGUGAGAGAAAUCAAGUAUCCGAAGGCUGGCUCGCCCAAUCCGUUUGUUAACUUGCAAUUCUACGAUGUCGAACGGGGUGAAGUGUUUUCGAUGCCUGACGAUUGGGACGAUGAGGACAGGCUUAUAAUCGAGGUGAAAUGGGCUACUAAGGGCAAGAUUCUUGUCCGAACAACCAACAGAGAAAGCGACAUCUUAAAAGUGUUCUUGAUUGACACGUCAUUGAAAGAAAGCAAGCUUAUCAGGAUCCAAGAUGUCGCCGAGCUUGACGGUGGAUGGGUAGAAGCUACUCAGUCUGUAAGAUUCAUCCCAGCCGACCCAGAUAACGGCCGACCAUAUGAUGGUUAUAUCGACACCGUGCCCCAUGAGGGAUACGAUCACUUGGCGUACUUUACUCCGCUUGAUAAUCCAGAGCCUAUCAUUCUUACCUCUGGCGAAUGGGAAGUCGUGGACGCGCCUACUGCUAUAGACCUGACUCGCGGUCUGGUGUAUUUCAUCGCUACCAAAGAGGCUCCAACUCAACGCCACCUGUACCGUGUCAAGCUCGACGGAUCUGACCUCCAGCCGCUGACUGACACUUCCAAACCCGGCUAUUACGAUGUCUCAAUGUCAGAAGGAACCGGAUACGGAUUGCUCAGUUACAAAGGUCCUUCCAUCCCGUGGCAGUCUAUCAUCAGUACCGAGGGUGACAAGACCACAACACUCAAAACUAUCGAAGACAACACAGCUCUAUCAAAAUUGGUGGCUCAAUAUGCUCUACCAACAGAGAUUUACCAAACCAUCACAAUUGACGGCUUCACCCUCCAGGUUGUUGAGCGACGCCCACCAAACUUCAACCCAGCGCGAAGGUACCCCGUUCUCUUCCAUUUAUACGGUGGCCCAGGGUCUCAAACAGUCGACCGCAAAUUCACCGUGGACUUCCAGUCCUACGUCGCCGCAGCCCUAGGCUACAUCGUCGUCACCGUCGACGGACGAGGAACCGGCUUCAUCGGACGCAAAGCACGCUGCAUCAUCCGCGACAACAUCGGGCACUACGAAGCCGUCGACCAAAUUGCGACCGCCAAAGAGUGGGCUCAGAAACCGUACGUCGACGAGUCCCGAAUGGCGAUCUGGGGCUGGAGCUACGGCGGCUUCAUGACGCUGAAGACCCUCGAACAAGACGCCGGCCAGACCUUCCAGUACGGCAUGGCCGUUGCCCCUGUUACUGACUGGCGGUUCUACGACUCCGUCUACACAGAGCGCUACAUGCACACCCCACAACGCAACCAAGAAGGCUACCACAACAGCAGCAUAACAGACAUGGUGGCCCUCCAAGACACCGUCCGCUUCCUCGUCAUCCACGGCGCCUCCGACGACAACGUGCAUGUUCAAAACACUCUCACCCUCAUCGAUAAGCUGGACCUCGCGAGCGUCCAGAACUACGACGUCCACUUCUACCCGGACUCCGACCACAGCAUCUUCUUCCAUAAUGCGCAUAAGAUGGUUUAUGAACGCCUCGCGAGCUGGCUCGUCAACGCGUUCAACGGCGAGUGGCACCGAAUCGCGGACCCCGUGCCUGACGAGACGAUGUUCAGUCGGUUUGCGAAGAGGGUUCUGCCCGCUUUUGCGCAUUGA